AUGGCAGCUAAUAAAGGGAAUACACCACAACAAAAUGUCUAUGAGGAGAAGUUAUUACAACAGAUUGACAAAUUGCAAUUGAUUGGUAGAUUAUUGGCCUUUCGUUUAUCAAAAUCACAAGAAGUAAACAAAAAAUCAGAGGCAACAUUGAAAAAAGUACAAAACUCAAAAAGACAAUUAAAACAGCAAACUAAUGAACUUAUUGGUGAUAUGGAAAGUGUUGUCUUAUCAGUUGUUACAUCACUGAAAUCAUUUCAGUCAGAAGCUAGAGCAACUUUAUAUAGUUAUCAGUCACAAUUACUAAAUUCUGAAAAACAAUUACAUGAAGCUAGAGAUACAAUACGUCAGUUAAAUGAGAAAACUGAACAUUUAGAAACGUUAUUAUUAGAAAAUAAGCGUCUAUUUGAAGUAAAUUUACAAGCUAUACAUAUUACAUAUGUGAAUAUAAUAGAGAAUAUAUUUGAAAAGUUACAAGAAUUAAUUUUCAAUGACUUGAAUUUAUUAGAACAAAACAAUAAUGAUAUACAUACAGAAUUUAAAGAUGCAUUAAAAUCAUUAGGUUUACAGUGUACAUUUCAUGAUAUUUAG